AUGACUACUUUCAAUAAGAAGAGGAUUCGAAUUUCAUCUCCUGGCUCCAAUUCGGACGACGACGGAGAUGAAAGGAACCCUAAAACUCACGAAAAUGGUAUCAAUGGAGAUGCUUGCAGAGAAACGAGCUCAAAGUCUAAUACUUGUUUGGUGUGCGAUGGAAAUGACAAUUGGGUGCUGCUAUGUCACGAAGAGGAGUGCCCCAUUGCCAUUCAUCAAAGAUGUGUAACUGAUGAGCCUGAUUUUGACGAAUUCGGUAAUUUCUACUGUCCUUAUUGUUGGUAUAAGCGUGUAGCUGUGAAGUCUUUGAAGCUACGGAAGAAGAUUGAGAAGUCUAGAAAAAGCAGAGAGAGUUUAGGAGGAGUAGAUUUGGGUUUAGAGAUGGAUGAAGUAGGUGAAGAUAUAGAGAAUGUAGUGGAGGUUAAUGUUACAGGAGGUAGUAGUGGAAGAAGAAUAACCAAAAGUGUUGACACUAGUGGGAAUAGAAGAGAAAGUGAUGAUGAAUCAUAUGAGAAAUUCAUGGCGAUGGAGAAGAAUCAGCGGAUGAGAGAAGUUGCGGGUGACACUCAGUCUCAGGAAGUUUCUGAGGCUGGUGAUGAUGAUGUGAAUCAGGUAGGUUCAUUUGCAUUCAUUUCCAUGGCUAGCGAGAGAAGAAAGGGGAGUGAGAGACACCAAGAAGAAGUUCAAGUGCGUGAUUCUGACGUAGGUGAAGAAAGGAAGAAGCAGAGACGAUGCGAUAUGAACCAUGAAACAAGAAAGAAGGAAGUACAAGUGGAUGUUAAAACAAGAACGCAGAGGAGAUUUAGUGAGAGAAGCCAUAAGAACAAAGUAGUUGCAGAAACUCAUGAGCAGGAGGUCUUUACUAAUGGUGAAGGAACACAAGGCAAAGAUUCUGAUUUGGGUGAGGGAAGAAGAUGUUGCCAUGAGAAGAACCAGCAACAGAAAGCUUCUUCUAGUGAAAGUUGUGAUCAGGAAGUCACUAGGACUGAUAAAAGAGGUUCUGGAUCAGUGGAGGGAAGAUAUAGUGUAAAGAACAAGCAUACCAAAACUGUUGAAAUUGAAACUCAGGACAAGAAAGUUUCGAAGGAUUUGGAGAGAAAGCGGGAAGGAGCUGUUAAGAGAAAUGGAGGUGAGUUUUAUACGGCGGAGGAUCAAGAAAGACAAUCCCAAGCUGCUCUGAUAAAUGAAUAUGUGACCUUGAAUGAGCAAGAGAAUGGUUUCAGGAAGGAUCGUUCCUCUAUUUCAUCUCCUAUGUCUACAAAGAAUGUUAAUGGCUCUAACGCAGCUUCUCAAGAGUUAGCUUUAAUCAUCCAACCAAAGGCUGGUGCUCAACAACAACCGAUCGCAGCACGACCUUUUCGCUCUGUGCCACCUGAAAGUUCUGGACACCAAAGUGACAUGGAGAAGAAUGGAGCUGCGUCUAAUGAUCCCGGACAAAGGAGGCAUGUUGUAUCCAGUGACAGAAAACGUAAAAGAAUAUUUUGGACGCCGGCAGAAGAAGAGAUGCUUAGGGUUGGUGUGCAAAAAUUCCCGGGCUUGAGGAAUAUUCCAUGGCGCAAGAUCUUGGAAUAUGGUCGGGAUGUGUUUCAAGAAGAACGGGCUCCAAGCGACCUCAAGGACAAGUGGAAGAACAUGCACAAGAUGUCGUCUGAGGCGGGGAAAUGGGUAAGCCUCCCAAACUGA